AGAUCCAUGUGACACUUUUAUAAUGAUGGAGUUUAUUAAAGAGGAGAGUGAAGACAUGAAGAUUGAAGAAACAUUCAGCGUCAAACAUGAAGAUACUGAGGAACAAACAGGACAGUGUCCAAACACAGAGAAAAACGACUUCUGAAUCAACUGAGAUCCACGUGACACUGUUAUAAAGAUGGCAUUUAUUAAAGAGGAGAAUGAAGACAUGAAGAUUGACGAAGCUUUCAGAGUCAAACAUGAAGAUACUGAGGAGCAAACAAAGAUGGAGUUUAUUAAAAAAGAGAGUGAAGACAUGAAGACUGAAGAAAUAUUCAGAGUCAAACAUGAAGAUACUGAGGAACAAGCAAAGAUGGAGUUUAUUAAAGAGGAGAGUGAAGAAACAUUCAGAGUCAAACAUGAAGAUACUGAGGAACAAACAGACCUAAUGGCACUGAAAAAGGAGCAGGAAGUACUGAAUGAAAUUGAGGAGAAAGAUCAGUAUGAAAAUAUUCAUGAUUUCAUAACUGGAGAAAAAUAUUUUUGUUCCUUAAAGUCUAAAAAGACUUCUACGCAAAAAAGAGUUCAAAAGACAGGAACUAGAAGUUAUUUCACUUGCUUUCAGUGUGGAAAGAGUUUCAAUCAAAAAGGAAACCUUGAUGUCCACAGGCAAAUUCACACUAUGGAGAGCAUUUUUACCUGUCAACAGUGUGGAAGCAGUUACACUCAUAAAAGAAGCCUUAACAGGCACAUGAGAAUUCACACUGGAGAGGUACCUUUCACCUGCAAACAGUGUGGAAAAAGUUUCAAUCAACGAGGAAACCUUGACAGGCACAUGAAAAUUCACAACAGAGAGAAGCCUAAAAGAUCCCCUCAGUAUGAAAACAGUUUCAAUCAAAGUGGAAAUCUUGACCUCAACAGGAGAAUUCACACUACGGAGAACCUUUUUACCUGCCAACAGUGUGGAAGGAGUUUCACUCAUAAAGGAAGCCUUACCAGGCACAUCAGAGUUCACAUUGGAGAGAAGCCUUUCUCCUGCCAAUGGUGUGGAAAGAGUUUCACUCAUAAAAGAAACCUUACCAGGCACUUGAGAGUUCACACUGGAGAGAAGCCUUUCUCCUGCCAACAGUGUGGAAAAAGUUUCAGUCAAACUGGACACCUUAAAGCUCACUUCAGAAUUCACACUGGAGAGAAGCCUUUCACCUGCAAACAGUGUGGAAAAAGUUUCAACAAAAAAGAAAACCUUAAUACCCACAUGAGAAUUCACACUGGAAACAAAUCCUUCACCUGACAUCUGUGUAGAAAAAGUUUCAAGCAAAAACAAAAACUUUUCAUCCACAUGUGAAUUCACACUAUGGAGAGACUUGAUUUCACUCAUAAAGGAUACCUUAACAGGCACAUGAGAAUUCAUACUGGAGAGAAGUUUCAACCAAAAAGGUAACCUUAAGUACCACCUGAGGAUUUAUUCAAGAGGGACCUGUUUAAAUGCCAUCAGUGUGAAAUGAGUUUUACAGAAGAAAAAAACAAGAACUAGGAAUCAUGCAGGGACAUCAAAGAGAAGUCUGUCAUAUGCCAUUACUGUGGAAAGACUUCCAGAAACAGCACAUCUUGAGUUUCACAUAAGCUUGAUGAUGGCAUACCAUCUUCUAUAGAGCUUCUUUACAGCUGAAUCCCAUCUUGCAACAUUGACAUGUUACCUAACUGAAUUCACUCAACACUGAACUGAGUCUAAUUGAAUUUAAUUGAACAUUGCUGCCUUAUAUAGAACUGGUAACAACUGAAUUUGUCAUUUCAAACAUUGAUGUCAUUUCAAAUUGUUUAACUUCAGUUAUUGAUCUGAACUGACUUGAGAUUAAUAAUCACACUUUUUUAUUCCUGCUUUACAGUAGAAUCUGAACUGCCUUUAUUGAUUUUGCAAUUUCUCUGUUUAUCUCUGUGAUGUGUUUUAACACUGUAUUAUAUAAAGCAUAAUAGCUGACUUGACAUAUGAGUUCACACUAGAGGGAAUUAUUUCACCAGCCCUCAAAACCCUGAUAUACUCAUUUCUUUUCCAUUCUUCUCUUGGGUUUAAAAAUCAGAAUAGCCCUGCAUAUAUUAGCUUCAACCCUUAUUAAACAUACCAGAUCCAGCUAAUCAUGUCCUUCAGGGUUAUUUAAAAACCAACAGGUAGUUGUGUUGGAGCAGAGUUGGAGCCAGAGUUUUGCAUCCCUGAAGUAGUACAUCAGUAGGAAAGGCUGUAAUUGAAUUAAAAUCAGGGAAUCAUGCAAAAUUUAGCAUCAGAGUAGCUGCUCAAUAUGUCACAUUUUUAGAUAUUUGUGAUCCUCUCUGUGAAAACCCCGC